AUGAACCUAAAAUUUGUCCGUCAGCGUCUUGCGGACAUCAACUGCAUCCAAUUGAGGUCGGCGUACGCGCAUUUCGUAGACCGCUUCCUGGUCAGAAAGCCCCAGCUACUUCGGCACGUCGUGCCGAAGGCAAUACUGCGAUAA